ACGCCAAUUACAGGCACAUUUCGCCGGCAAUUUUACAUAUAUCAUUUUGUUUUUAUUAUUUUAUAAAGUGUUUUCUUAUUUUCCUAGCUGGUUUCCAUGGCGGCAUUGUGCUUGGACUUUCUCGGCUUUCAGGAGGCGCUGAAGAAGAUGCGAGAUGUGGACGACAAGAUUAUAUAUGCACUAAAUGCCCUGCCAACGGAGUCGUUCAAGGGCCAGGUAAACAGCGAAAGCACCUGUCGCGAUCUGUACGCAAAACUCCAGGAGUCACACUUGGCCAGGCAAGAAAGCAUACGCAGUUGCAUAACCAUAUCGGCUAGUAAUCUGAAGCAGCUAAGGGAAAAGCGGGAGGCCCAGGCGGAUGAUGUAGAUACGGACAGCAAGUUUAGGGCGGAGCAGCGCAAGCUGCGGGUUCUCCAGGCCGAGCUCAAUGUCGAGGACAUAAUUAAGGAGCGAUCCUACAAGACCUUUAAUGAGCGAUGCCGAUCCUAUUUUCAUGCUGGCCAAUAGGUGGAACAAAUGCAAUGACUAGUUUUAGGUGGAUUUAAAAGCAGAAGCCUCAUGGAACUGCCCAGCAAUAUAGCAUUUACAUGCACUCAGUUGUAUUACAAGUUGUUUACAACAAGUACAUAAAGAUAACAGUCUUAAAA